AGUCUCUACCUGUCCACGCGCCAUCACCUCUUCCUCCCUAGGCAAGUAUGGAGUGCCACAGAAACUCUGCCACCACAACUGGUUCCUUGAGCUGCCUGUGUGUGCUCCUCCUGCUGUUUAGCGUCCAUUUGAAAGCCUGUAAUGGAGCAAGAGUGGCUCCUCAAGACUCAAAGAGCACAGAGUUCAUAAGAGCCUCUUGUGCCGCCACCAUGUACCCGGACCUCUGCUUCAGCUCCCUCUCGUCCUACGCCAGCACCAUCCGGACCAGCCCCGUGCAGCUCGCUGACGUCGCCCUCUCCGUCAGCCUCGCCGGCGCCCGCUCCGCCUCGGCCGCAAUGUCGAGGUCGAUCGCCGGCCGGGGCAUGGCGCCGCGCGUGGCGGCCGCAGUGAAGGACUGCCUGGAGACCAUGGGAGACUCGGUGGACGAGCUCCGGGAGUCGCUGGCGGCCAUGGGGCACGUGGCGGGGCGCAAUGCGGCGUACCAGAUCAACAGCAUCCAGACGUGGGUGAGCGCGGCGCUCACCGACGAGGACACCUGCGUCGACGGGUUCGCCAGCGGCGCCAUGGACGGCGAGGUCAAGAACAUGGUGAGAAGCCACGUCGUGUACGUGGCGCAGCUGUCGAGCAACGCGCUCGCCCUCGUCAAUGGCCUUGCCACCUCCAUCUCCCGCCCUUGAUGCCAAUGAGGGAGCACAUAUGGCUUGCUGAGAAAGACAAAUAGUAUGACUUGGUUUGACUAUAUAUAUAUAUAUA